AGAGAAUAACGCGGGGCUGGAGGAACAGUUGAAAAAUGGAUAAGAUAAUACAACAAAAGGAUGAUCAAAUUAUGAAGCUGCAGGCCCAAUUAUUGGAACAACACAAAAUAUUAGAUAACAGCAAAGCUAAGGAUGCUCAAAUUUUGAGUCUACAAGCUCAGCUAGGUGAAAAGAACAAAUUGGAAUGGAACAGUUUCCAAACAGUGAAGGAGGUUUUUCCAAACUCAUCCCUAACUGAACAUGAGGAUGAAUUGGCAUUAGGUGAACACAGUCAGUUAUUCAGUCUACCACCUGACAGUGUGUUAAAGUUAAAUUCUGUUAGUGCUGCACUAAAAGAAUUGUUAGUAAUAAGUCCAUGCAGCGAAGGAAUUGAACAAUUGUGGGAUCGUAUUUGGGCUGAAAAUGGGUGUGGUACGGAAACCCAGAAAUAGCACGAGUUCAACAUAAAACAUGAAUUAGAAUUCUAGUGGGGAAUCAAGUCAAGUCUAGAAGUGUUACAGGAUGGAAGAGUGAGCCUACAGUUGAAAAACACUGAAAGUGCAUUACCAUUAAGGUAUGAGGUAAAGUAAUAGAGUAUGCAAAUUGUCUAAUGAGAAGUACCAUCUUGUGUGAAUGAAUCCUGUGUAACAGCAAUCCUUUAUAGUUCUGUUAUAGCU